AUGGGUUACUGCGAUGGUAAAUGGACGCCGGUAAUUAUUAUGGUUACGAUUAAUUCGGCGCUCGGUUUAGGUAAUGCUCUCGUUAAAAAGGUACUCGACGGUGGUGUUAACCAUAUGGUUAUCGCAACAUACCGUCUCGCUAUUUCCACCAUAUUUUUGGCGCCAAUCGCAUUUUUCUGGGAACGGAGAACAAGACCGAAACUUACCCUCAACAUCUUGGUUCAGCUUUUCUUCAGUGCUCUUGUUGGGGCAAGUUUGACUCAGUAUUUCUACCUACUGGGGUUAUCAUACACAUCGGCUACGUUAGCAUGUGCUUUUAUAAGCAUGACGCCUGCCAUUACAUUUAUUUUGUCUCUAAUAUUCAGGAUGGAGAAGCUAAAUAUGAAAAGCAAAGCAGGUAUUGGGAUGGUGAUGGGCACUUUGAUAUGCAUAGGAGGAGCUUUAUUACUCACAAUGUACAAAGGUGUUCCCUUGACAAAGCUUCACAAACUAGAAACUCAUCCAUCUUUCAACAAUAAACCCGCAAUGAAACCGGGGAAUUGGAUAAUUGGAUGCGUGCUUCUCUUUGCGGGUAGUAGCUGUUUUGGGUCCUGGAUGCUAAUACAAUCCAAAGUGAAUGACAAAUACCCUUGUCAAUACUCUAGUACCGUCAUAUUAUCCUUCUUUGGCACCAUCCAAUGUGCCCUUUUAAGCCUAAUCAAAUCUAGAGAUAUUGCGACAUGGAUCCUCACAGAUAAACUCGAUAUCAUGACCGUUAUUUAUGCAGGAGCGGUAGCACAAGGAAUAUGUACGGUGGGAACAUCUUGGUGCAUUAGAAAGAGAGGACCUAUAUUUACUUCUGUUUUUACUCCGAUCGGGCUUAUAUUCGCAACCCUGUUUGAUUUCUCGAUCCUUCAUCGACAAAUUGGCAUAGGAAGUGUUAUCGGAGCUGGGAUUGUAAUCUUCGGACUAUACAUAUUCUUGUUGGGAAAGGUCAGGCAAAUGAAGGAAGAGAGUACUGCAAACAAGUUCCCUUCUCAUUUUAGUGAAGAAGAAAGGAAAGUGGAUGAACAUUACAAAAAGAGUCCCCUGAUGGUUGUUCCAAUGACUCCUUGA